AUGGCAUCAGAGCUGGCAAUGAGCAACUCCGACCUGCCCACCAGUCCCCUGGCCAUGGAAUAUGUUAAUGACUUCGAUCUGAUGAAGUUUGAAGUGAAAAAGGAGCCGGUGGAGCCUGAUCGCAGCAUCAGCCAGUGCAGCCGCCUGGUCGCCGGGGGAUCCCUAUCUUCCACCCCGAUGAGCACGCCUUGCAGCUCGGUUCCCCCCUCUCCAAGCUUCUCGGCGCCCAGUCCGGGAUCAGGGAGCGAACAGAAGGGGCACUUGGAGGAUUUCUACUGGAUGACCGGGUACCAACAGCAGUUGAACCCCGAGGCUCUGGGCUUUAGCCCGGAGGACGCCGUAGAGGCGCUGAUCAGCAGCAGUCACCAGCUCCAGACCUUCGAUGGCUAUGCCAGAGGGCAGCAGUUCGGCGGCGCAGCCGGCGCAGGAGGCGCCAUGGCCGGGGAGGAGAUGGGCUCAGCGGCCGCCGUGGUGUCCGCGGUUAUCGCUGCAGCCGCAGCUCAGAAUGGGAAUCCCCACCACCACCACCACCAUCACCACCACCAUCACACAGGGGCACACCACCCCUCCUCCGGGUCUCAGUCCAGUGGUGUCGCGGGGGGAAACCACCAGCACUUGCGCUUGGAUGAUCGGUUCUCGGACGAGCAGCUGGUGACCAUGUCGGUGCGGGAAUUGAACAGGCAGCUCCGGGGGGUCAGCAAGGAAGAGGUGAUCCGUCUGAAACAGAAGAGGAGGACGCUAAAGAACAGAGGUUAUGCCCAGUCAUGCCGGUACAAGCGGGUUCAGCAGCGGCACGUCCUGGAGGGAGAGAAGACGCAGCUUAUCCAGCAGGUGGACCACCUCAAGCAGGAGAUCUCCCGGCUGGCCAGGGAGAGGGACGCCUACAAGGAGAAAUACGAGAAGCUGAUCAGCACCGGCUUCAGAGAAAACGGAGGAUCCAGCAGCGACAACAACCCCUCAUCCCCGGAGUUUUUCAUGACGUCAAGAAAAUUCCUCCAUCUGUGAUAGAGAGCUGUGACUUCUCCGUCCCACCACCCUGGAAUCUGAGAUAUCAUGACACUGGAAUGCUGAUGUAUCAAGAGCAACCUACGGCACCCAGACUGCCAUAAAGCACAAUGUCUCAAAAGCGUCCCAACAGCGGCUUCAGGGCAACCAAUCCAGAGCAACCCCAAAGCCAGCAUUAAAUAUUAAAACAACAAUGAUAAAAUAAUAACAGGAGACUGAAAUCACUCACAUUCUUCUGCUACAACAACUUGGGAAGAAACGCAGAUAUUAAAGAUCCUGGACUGGAAAUAAGAUUCUCCACCAUCUGUAUUUGCUAUUCAAAUGGACACGGAUCA